GGACGUUUGAUUUCCACUACUACCCUUUCAGCUAUCCCAUUGGCUUACUGAAUGUCACUUGCUUUUACGGAACAGAACAAUAACAUUCAGGGGAAAAUGGCUGACGAUAGCGUUCCAGAUAUAACCAAAUUUCAAAUGUAUUUAUUUGGUUGUACACUCAAAUCGGACAGAAAGGAGUUCAAAGUUGAGGAGGACGACGAUGCGGAUCAUCAGCUGUCACUCAAAGCAGUGUGCCUGGGUGCUGAGGCAGAGGAGGAGUUUCACACGGUGGAGAUCGAGGGCAUCACAUACGACGGAAAGACCACCAAAAUUCCACUGGCUGUGCUGAAGCCGUCUGUGCUGCCCUCUAUGAGUUUAGGAGGGUUUGGGAUCACCCCUCCAGUAACCUUCCGCCUCCAGUCUGGCUGUGGGCCAGUGUACAUCAGUGGACAGCAUUUUAUCAAUGUGAAGGACUCUGAUGACGAAGAAGAGGAAAACAGCUCGUCACCUGUGACGAGGCCAUCAAGCUUGAACUCAGGGAAGCGUCCAGCUCCGAAGAAACUGAAAAUGGAGUCAAAUGAUGAUGAUGAUAGCGAUGAAGAUGACGACGAUGAUGAUGAUGAUGACAACGACGAUGAUAGUGAUGAAGAUGAGAGUGACGUGAAAGUACAGAAGGUCCCAGUCAAACCAACCAUAAAGAAAACACCAGUGGGAGGAAAAGACAAGAGUCAGAAGGAAAAGUCUGGAGCUGGCCCAUCCAAUGUUCUCACCGUGCCUGAAAUCAAGAGCAAGCUAGCGUUGUUAGCCAAAGAGGGAAAACCUCUUCCGAAGACCGAGGCAAAGUUUGAAAAUUAUGCCAAAAGUUCUUUAAGGAUGUCAGAUAAAAAAGUGGUUAAAGACCUCUGGAACUUUGUACAAACAUUGAAAACAGAGAAGAAAUAAGUCAUUGCUUUCUUACAGUUAUGUUUGAUUUUUUUGUUAUCUCCUCUAUGCUUUCCCCAAGAACAUUGAAGCUCUAAUGUUUUAACCCAUUGCUAAGAGCAUCAGGGAAUACAUGUGUAACAAUGCCCCCCCUCUAAAGAAAUGGUGUUAGCCUACUGUUGGUGUCCAUCGGGGAGCCAUAGGCCUUUGCACUAUGUGGAUGUUUUGCAAACUGUUUCAUAUGUUCAAUCAAGUCCCUGCUUAUUAAAGGAAUAGUUCAUACAUGAUUUUCUAAUUACUAACUGUUGUUAUUAUUUAGUCAUUUUCACCAGCAUCUGGUUAGCUCAGAAUGUUAGUAUUCUUAGCAUGUCCAUUGGCAUCAAUUGUGGCAAUGCUAGAAUAAACGUUCCAAAAUUA